AUGUAUAGAAACAAAGGUGCAGUUCUCACUCUCAACUCUCUGAGAACCCUUCCCAAGGUAUGCAGAUUCCCUCACUUGCGUAAUAUCAAUACAGCUACUGAAAGAUUACAUUUUGAUAGCUCUAAUGGUUUGCCUGAUGAGCGGUAUGUUAAUUAUAAGGGUAACUCUGAAGGUUUUUAUGGUGAUAAUGGUACGCAAAUUAAUCAUGGGCGGGGCGGGAAUCGGAAUGUUAGGGAAAAUAGUGGGCAUUUUCAUAGGAACCCAGAUGGAUUUCGUGGUGGGAAUGAGUUGAACUGGCAGAAUCCUUCUGGGGUUUAUGGGAAAACUGUUGUCAGUGGGAAGCAGGGAGACCCAACUGGCAAUUAUGGUAAUUUUGAUGGGAAUUAUAAUUCUUUUAAUGCAUUUAACAAUGGGUUACAUCAAAACCAUAAUGGGGUAGAUAGAGGUAUGCCUUCUGGGUACACUGGGGAGGGUCAAAGGAGCGAAUUUCGGCAUAGUGCAGUUUCGAAUUUUGGUCCGGGAGGUUUUGAUAAUGUGCAGCAGAAUGUAGGUGGGUUUCACAGGAAUCCGUAUGGAAAUAACCAGAAUCUUUUUAAUGGGAAUCCUAGACAUCCCCAAAUAAAUGAGCACCAGCAGAGCUUAGAGAACCGAAUCGCAAAUUCUGCUUAUGGGGAUUCAUUUCGGGCACAGCAGAAUGUAAACAGGACUAACACUUGGAAUUCCUCAGAGGUACAGAGAAGUGGUAAUUCUGCUUAUGGGGAUUCAUUUCAGGCACAGCAGAACGUAAACCGGACUAACACUUGGAAUUCCUCCGAGGUACAGAGAAGUGGUAAUUCUGCUUAUGGGGAUUCAUUUCGGGCACAGCAGAAUGUAAACCGGACUAACACUUGGAAUUCCUCAGAGGUACAGAGAAGUGGUAAUUCUGCUUAUGGGGAUUCAUUUCGGGCACAGCAGAAUGUAAACCGGACUAACACUUGGAAUUCCUCAGAGUUACAGAGAAGUGGUUAUUCUGGUGGAAAUGGAGUGGCACAACAGAAUGCAGUCAGAUACGAUGUGGGAAAUUCAGGGGUUUCAGGUCAGACUUAUGGAAACUAUUACGCUGGAAGUCCUGGAAGUUUUCAGAAUAACCGGGCUUGGCCUGAUGCAAAUAAUGUUGGAACACUACCACAAAAUGUGGCUGUGGUUUCAAAUAAUGAUGACUCAGGUAGUGGAGAUGGACACAAAGGAUUGAAAGGCACUAUUCAAGAGCUCGAUGAUUGUCUCAGUGUGGCUAAUCUGGAGGAAGCAGUGAAAGUUUUGACUCUCUUAGAGAAGCAGGGCAUUGUGGUUGAUUUAUCUCGUUAUUUGGCCUUGAUGAAGGCCUGUGGUGAGAAUGAUUCUCUUGAGGAAGCAAAGGCCAUUCAUGAACAUCUUAUCAGAUCAGUACCUAAUCUUGAAGUCUGUACUUACAAUAGGAUUCUUGAGAUUUAUUCUGCAUGUGGUUCCAUGAAGGACGCUUUUAGGGUGUUUGAUGCAAUGCCUCGUAAUUUGACUUCUUGGGACAUCAUGAUAACUGGGCUUGCGAAGAAUGGUCAUCCUGAAGCUGCGAUCGAUUUGUUUACUGAACUUAGGGCACUUGGGCUGAAACCUGACGGUCAAAUUUACCUUGGUGUUUUCCUGGCAUGCAAAGCCUUACUCGACACCACUGAGGGCUUGUUGCAUUUUGAAGCAAUGAGCAAGGAUAAUGAUAUAGUUCCAUCCAUAGAACACUAUGUGGGAGUAAUCGACAUGCUUGGAAGUGUGGGACACCUAGACGAAGCUUUGGAAUUUAUCGAAAAGAUGCCGAUAGAGCCAGGUGUGGAAGUCUGGGAAAAAUUGAUGAAUCUUUCUAGAAUUCAAGGUAACACAGAGCUCGGAGAUCGUUGUGCUGAGCUUGUUGACCUCCUGGAUCCCUCUUUAUUGAAUGAACAGUCAAGGGCUGGUCUUUUGCCUCUAAAAGUGUCAGAUUCUGCUAAUAUGAAGGAGAAGAAGAAGGAAGGUGGUCAAAAUCCUCUAGAGAUAAGGAGUCGAGUCCAUGAAUAUAGGGCUGGAGAUAGAUCUGACCCUGAUUCUGAAAAGUUAUAUGCACUCCUUUAUGGGCUGAAGGAGCAAAUGAAAGAAUCCGGUUAUGUUCCAGAACUCAAAGGCGUUCUCCAUGAUAUAGACCCAGAGUCUAAGGAGGAAGCUCUCCUUGGACACAGUGAGAGACUUGCUGUAUCUCGGGGCUUCUUAAGCACCCCCGCUCGACAACCAAUGCGUGUUAUAAAAAAUCUUCGCAUUUGUGUUGAUUGUCAUAAUGCCAUGAAAAUUAUUUCAAAGCUGGUAGGUAGGGAACUUAUAAUGCGAGAUGCAAAGAGAUUUCACCAUUUCAAGGAUGGAAUAUGUUCUUGUAGGGACUAUUGGUGA